GCAAACGAACACGGACACACUUGGAAACAGUGUGUACUUUUCAGUCAGCUGCAUAUGGACGCAAACAUUGUACAAACGGGAUUAAUAAAGCAAAGUUACUUUUUUCUUGUCGUUUUCCCGGGUUUUACUGGAUGUCAAGUCUGCUGGUGAAGGAAUUUAUUUUGAAAGGUCUCUCCGGAAAUGGUGUGUUUUACGCUGACUCACUUGACGCUGCUAGCUAAACUUCAGAAUGGACCCGACAAGAGGAGGAAAGCCCGUUAGUUUGUAGAGGAGAAACUGUGACCGUCCAUGUCUUGUCCACAAAUAUCAACCCGCUCACAAAGUUACUGAGAGCAAUGUCGAGAGAAAACAUCACUCGAAGUUUGGACAGUAUAGACCUCGCUGCUUUAAGAGAUCCAGCAGGUAUCUUUGAGUUGGUGGAGGUGGUUGGCAAUGGAACCUAUGGUCAGGUGUACAAGGGUCGUCAUGUCAAGACAGGCCAACUGGCAGCUAUCAAAGUCAUGGAAGUCACAGAGGAAGAAGAAGAGGAGAUCAAGCUGGAGAUCAACAUGUUGAAGAGUUAUUCCCACCAUAGAAACAUCGCUACUUAUUAUGGAGCUUUUAUUAAGAAAGGUCCUGCUGGACAGGACCACCAACUCUGGUUGGUGAUGGAGUACUGUGGCGCCGGCUCUGUGACAGACUUGGUGAAGAAGACCAAGGGGAACUGUCUGAAGGAAGACUGGAUAGCUUACAUCUGCAGAGAGGUGCUCAGGGGUCUUUCCCAUCUUCACUCCCAUCAUGUGAUUCACAGAGACAUUAAGGGACAAAAUGUUUUGCUCACUGAGAAUGCCGAAGUCAAACUGGUUGACUUUGGCGUUUCGGCACAGCUGGAUAAGACGAUCGGUCGAAGGAACACCUUCAUCGGCACUCCCUAUUGGAUGGCCCCAGAGGUCAUUGCUUGUGAUGAGAACCCUGAGGCCACAUAUGACUACAGGAGUGACCUCUGGUCUUUAGGUAUCACUGCUUUAGAGAUGGCUGAAGGAGCCCCUCCUCUGUGUGACAUGCAUCCAAUGAGAGCACUGUUUUUGAUUCCACGAAACCCUCCACCCAAACUUAAAUCAAAGAAAUGGUCGAAGCGUUUCUUGUCCUUUGUUGAUGGUUGUCUGGUCAAGAACCAUCUGCAUCGACCCGCUACUGACACCCUGCUGAGGCACGCUUUCAUCAGAGAUCUGGCUAAUGAGAGACAAGUUCGCAUCAUGCUCAAAGAUCACUUGGACAGAACCAGGAAGAAAAAAGAGAAAGAGGGUCCAGAGUACGAGUACAGUGGCAGUGAAGAAGAGGAGGACGAGGUGACGGAGGAGGAAGGAGAACCCAGCUCCAUAGUGAAUGUUCCUGGUGAAUGGACAUUAAGACGGGAGUUUCUUCGUUUACAGACGACAGAUGAUCGUGAAGGGGGCAGAGAGGGAGGCCACGGAGGAGGUGGAGGUCAGCAAAGACAACAGGCAUUACAGCUGCACAGGCAGCAGUUGGCAGAGCAGGAACGAUACAAGCAGCAGCUACUGGCUGAUAGACAGAAGAGGAUCCAACAGCAGCACGAGCAACGGCAGAAGUUAGAGGAUCAACAGAGGCAGCAGCUGUCAGACUGCGCCUUUCAGUGGGCGGAGCUGCAAGAGAUCCUGCUUGGGGAGGAGUCAGAUCUCCAUAACAACAGUAUCUUUCUGGAUGACAGAAACCGGAGGAGUGACAGGAAACAGGAACAGGCAGGCAGACAGCGAAGUGCCGAUGUGUCAGUAAGGCCUCUGGGCUCCACAGCAGAGCAGAGAGCCGUGGCUCCAAACCAGCUACUUCAGCACAAGGCCCAGUUCUCCCAGCUUCAGCUACAGCCGCAAGCCAGGCCCCAGCCGCUGGCUCAGCAUCAGCAGCCCUCAGCGGGCAGGAGAUCCCACCGCACCCUGCCCAAGGACCAAACCCAGCUCCUGUCGCUGCAGCACGACCACAGACACAGGGAGCGAGAGAGGCAGAGGCAGAGAGAAAAGCCUGUGGCAGCUGUCCAGAGGCUAACUGCUAAUAGUGGGAACACAGCUGCUGCUGCUGCUGCUGCUGCUUCCUCACCCAGCCGCCCUGUAAACAGCCAGUGCUCAGCGAUGGACCUCCAGGAGUCAAACCUUGCCAGGCUGCUUCUGGCUGCUGGUCUGCCCGGCCAGAUGCACUCUAGGCUGGGCUCUGGGAGCAGCUCUAGUCCUUGUACUCCAGCCAUGCAGAGAGCCCACCUCAACCAGAAUGCCAAUCUGCGCUCUAGUCGAGAGGCCGCUCACAGCAGCUCUAUGUCAGAUAUGGCCAUCUCCCCCUUGUCUCCAUUUUGCCCCAUGUCCCCGACUGAUGAUGUCUUCUGGGACUCGGUCACAACACCACCUAAGGUCCCAGAACGCACUACCUCUAAGUUCUACUGUCGAGAGCUGGUGAUGGGACACAAGAGGGCCGCUUCAAGUGGCAGUCCAGUGUCUGUAGCAGAUAAAAGUGGAAGAUCUGCUCCUCAUGGAGUCUCCUCUACCAGCAGCAACCACCCAGGUUACUUUAAGCUGGAGAGUCCUCUUCUACAGCAACGUCUACAGCAGCACAGGAAGACACAAGAAAACGUAACCAGUGGACAUACACAAGGUGGAAGAUCCGCAGAAUACUCCUCUUCCAGUGACGAGGUCGGCAGCAGCGAUGAUGAAGAGAGGAUCAGGUCUGGCCUGUCCAACGGAAAGGGGAAAUAUUUCAGAGGAAUACCUGAUGGCAUCGUGCUGCAACCACACCGCAAUCUUAACCAGAUUUCUCGGCUCGGCUCAGAUGACACCUACCUGCUACCAGACCUUCUGCAGAAAACCUCCUCCUCUAGUCCGACCCAUAAUGCAAUGGGCCAGCAGCAGCGGACACGUGAACUCAACUACUCACAGUCACCCAUAGCCCCUCGGUCCCCCAUACACCAGGAACUACAUGCUGUCGGCAGUCCCACUGGUAAAAACGCCUCCUCAUCUUCCUCUUCCUCCUUCCUGUCCUUCAUCGAUCCAAGAUUGAUCCCCAUAUCAUCACCGCCACAAAGCCCUACGGGCAGUAAGGGUGAACCAAUCAAGAGCCACAGGAAGGGCUCCGUGGUGAAUGUCAAUCCAACCAACAUUCGACCACAGAGCGACACUCCAGAGAUCCGCAAGUACAAGAAGAAAUUCAACACUGAGGUUCUCUGUGCUGGACUGUGGGGUGUGAAUCUGUUGGUGGGGACGGAGAAUGGUCUGUGGCUGCUGGAUCGAAGUGGUCAGGGGAAAGUCUACUCCCUCAUCAGCAGACGAAAGUUUCAGCAGAUGGAUGUGUUGGAAGGACUCAAUGUGCUGAUCACUAUAUCGGGUAAAAAGAACAAGUUGCGUCUGUACUAUCUGUCCUGGUUAAGGAAUAAAAUUCUACACAACGACCCAGAGGUGGAGAAGAGACAGGGCUGGACCUCAGUAGGUGAUUUGGAGGGCUGUGUACACUAUAAAGUGGUGCGUUACGAGAAGAUAAAGUUCUUAGUGAUUGCUUUGAAGAAUGCUGUGGAGGUGUACGCCUGGGCCCCAAAACCAUACCACAAAUUCAUGGCCUUCAAGUCAUUCAGGUCUCUGCCUCAAAAACCCCUAUCUGUUGACCUGACAGUGGAGGAAGGUCAGAGGUUAAAGGUCAUCUACGGCUCCUUUUCUGGAUUCCAUGCCAUUGAUGUCGACUCUGGAACACCUUACGACCUCUACCUGCCUACACAUAUCCAGGGCUCCAUUCAUCCACAUGCCAUCAUCAUUUUGCCAAACAGCGCUGGAACUGAGGUUCUGGUUUGCUACGAAGACGAGGGCGUCUACAUCGACACCUACGGCCGCAUCACCAAGGAUACGGUGCUGCAGUGGGGAGAGAUGCCUGCGUCGGUCGCCUACCUUCAGUCUAACCAGGUGAUGGGUUGGGGAGAAAAGGCCAUAGAGCUGAGGUCUGCCAACACGGGGAACCUGGAGGGAGUUUUCAUGCACAAAAAGGCCCAGAAGCUCAAGUUCCUGUGUGAAAGGAAUGACAAGGUCUUCUUUGCCUCGGUGCAGUCAGGAGGCAGCAGUCAGAUUUACUUCAUGACUCUGGGACAGAACUCACUGUUCAACUGGUAACAACUGGACCUGUUACUCUGGGAUCAACUGGUCGUGUCUCCCUUCAUUACUCUGUUUGCACAGUGAUGCCUAUUUAUAUUUGUGCUGGCCGAUGUUCAUGGAUAGUGGACACACCAUGAAAAGAUCAACUAAAUACUCCUGGAUCACCCGGAGUAUUUAGUUAGUUUCCAUGUAAAUGCGCACAGUUGAGUUGAUCAUAACUCCGGCCGCAGUGAAACUGCUUGUAUCCAUCAGUCCGUCCUUGAAUUCUAAAGCCUGAAUAAUAUCUCCGACACAAAAAUCUGGAACUAAAAUUCGGAAUGUAGUUGACUGCCAGCUCAACCAUCCACGGACGCAUUGAAAGGUACAACUAGCAGUGUCAGCAUCACCACAUCAUCGGGCAACAUCUGGCCUCAAGAUCCCAGUCCUUCCUCUCAUCUGUCAGCACUGGAGACCACACAAAUCCGUUUAGUUUGGUCCACAUUCAGCUCCUGGAUCACUUUGAUUUUUUUCCGUUUUAAAGGACUCCGUUGUAUCAGUUACUCUGCUAAUUAUGUGUAUAUCAGUUAGUCACUCAUAUUUGCUUUAACAGCGUCCGGCUGUGAUGCAUUACUGGAUCAGCUGCUUCCUUUUCAUCCGAUGAAGUCAAGUCUUUAUACGUGCGUUAUUAAUCUCCAAGAUUAUAAGUAAUGUUUGCAUCUCUGUUGUCUGGUCUUCAUGCAAGCAGCUUCUGUGUUAAAAGGAGUGAAAUUAGAAGAACAGAAGUCCUUCAUCAACCUCAUUCACUCCAUCAACAUCAUCUGGGCAUUUCACAGACUGGGUGUGGACAAAGCAGGGCGUCUACUGUAUGUCAUUCCGCAUUUUAUUGUGCUAUUGCUUGCCUUUUUAUCCUGUGGAUUUUCUUUAAACAAUGUCGAGAUCCACAAACCACAGUGACAUCUGUCUCCAGUACCUCUGCAGUGUUAUUUAUGAAGGCCUUUACUAGUGUUUAGUUUUCUUCUUCACUGCUGUAAGCGGACAUCAAGGACCCAAACAAAUUAGUCACUUACUGUACUGAAUCCUUAUUUUGUUGAUUGCCAUGAAGCAUUACUAGACAGUAUUAUAUUACGCAUUAUCAAAUGUUAUAUUAUUAAAAGAUGAGUUUCCUUUUUUCUUGCCUGAGGGUGAGAGUAAUCCAGUAUAACAACCUUCACAACAUCGAUUCAGUCAGUUAUGUUUAACUAUAUCCUUAGCUGUAAAUAUUCUAUCCGGGGGAUCUUAUAAUAAUGACAAAUGUCAGAAUUGAAUCACUGCCGUGAAGACAUAUUUUCACAGACUUCAGACUAUUCAUUAGGUCAUUCUGUCCCUAAUUAUGAGCUGAAAGUCAACUUUGCUCUCUGCGUAAUGUGAAAUCAGUCGCCAGUUAGGCAAAAAAAAGAUCUCUUGGAAUACAUGCAGAAUUGCACUUUUCAUUAAAAAGUAGUUGGUUAGGGUUUUUAUUAACAAAGUCUUAAUACAGUACAGUCUUCUUAGGUCCCAGUUUGAGCACUCACUCCAUCACCGGUCCAGACGUAAUCUUCUAAUCAUCAAACAUAACACCUUAAGAGCCCUGUGUACUUCACUAUAGGAAUUGCAGUUAAUGUACAAAAUAACUCCACAGUAACAGAGUAGAAAUGUUUUCCUGCAUCUGUUUUGUACAGCUUAGGAUGUAUAUAAUCUUGUAAGAUGCACUGUUUUCUAAAUGUUUUAUAAUCGAGAAGCCAUCCUUUAUGUGUGUGUACAGAAUUCAAGGCUUAUGAAUGUGAAAGUCCAUCCCAGAACAGAGUUCAUAUGUGUUAUUUCCUUGAUCUUUGAAAGUACUGUGGUUGUGAGCGUGAACAUGAGCUACUGACAGUGAAGUUGUUCACUUUUACCAACCUGGCUGCCGUGUACAAGAUCAAAUAAUGUGAAUUCUGUUUUGUGGUUGAUUUUCUACUGACGUGUCAGGCUCUUUGCACAAUGGCCACCUUGUACAUGUUUUCUUUAAUAUAUCCUCAAUUACUUUUUUGGUUUAAAGUGGAAACAUUCAAAGUCAUUAUAUAGUCAGUAAUGAAGGUAUAACUGAUAGCCUUUGGCUCUGGAUCAGUAUUUCCUACACUGCCCACCAUGAGACACACCUGUUUUAGAUGGGUCACCUUGAGAAAUGAUUUGAGCCCAGAUCUGACGAGAUGCAAUGAACUGGGCUGAAAAAAGUGAAAAUGCCUUGUUGUUUAGUGUUUGCUCUGUUUUCCUUGAUAUUUCCUCAUUUAAACAAUUAGCUUCAAAGCAUUAAACCUAACCUUGAAUCCAACUGUGUAAGAUAAUUCACAAAUCAGAACUGUUUGACUAAAUAGAUUAGAUGUUUCUCUAAACCAAAAUUUAUAUUAUUAAAUACUAUACUAAAGACACCAACUAGACCAACAUGUCAGACAGAUGGAGGCAUGAAAAAUCUCCCAGGAAUGCUGUGUCUAGCUAAAUUUCAACAAAAUGUAUGCAACUUAACAUUACUAGUGUUAAUAUAUUUAAUAGCGUGUACGCUUUAGACAGUGCUAAGUGAAGAAAUAAUUGGUUCUUACCUUCAAAUGUGAAUUUAUGCAAUUUAUCCAUUUCUCAUCCAUUUUUAUUAAACCAUUUUUUCAUUCCUUCCUUGGAUUUUGCUCAAAUUGCUAUCUUAGUUGGGUUUUGUGCUACAUUAUCCACUAUAUUAUAUUAACUCUGAAUGUUGAGGCUAUCAAAAUUUGCGCCAAAUGUUUUAUAUACAGUACAGUGAUACUCUGAGUUUUAGUUUUUAUAAUGGACUUGAUAGAAAUAUUGCAGCUGGUUCUGUGAGAAUAUUUUAAACUGGAAAAAUGAACUUUCUGUCUUAUUGUUAAGCUGUCUUCGAAUAUCUUAUAGUAUUUGUUUCAGUGGAGUAGUUGUUAUUUCUCCCUGAGAGAGCAGACCAGAAAGCUAGUUAACAUGGCUGAAGUGCACAGAAAUACAGGAUUGCAAACUAAUGGAACAGGCUAACAGACGUAGAAUUGCUUGCUAACAUAGGAUAACUUGGGCCAAAUAGUUACAGAACUACAAAAUUGUCUAGUUAACAUUUGUAACUAGUUAGCAUAUGGCUAACUAGCAAGCCCCUCUCUACGUAGAUAGUGUCAUAUUUUCUCUUUGUACACAGCUAACCACCUGUGUACAGUUUUCAUAUGAGAUAAAAAAAAAAAGUGAAACUAUAGUUCACAUACCAUGUUUAAAAUAUAAAAUUGGCAAAAAUGUUUUGAGACAUAUGUGCAUUUAGAUUUACUGUAUAUGUGAAUAUUAUUUAGAAAGCCCUGUGCUAGCUUAUGGUCAGCUCAUAUAUCGUGGCUGGCAUAGCCCCGGCAGGUUUUGGCCAGGUUCCUGAGCAAGACCCCAGCCAUCAGAGUCCAAACGGGACAGGAGACCACGCUAGAACUAGUCCAGACAUUGCCACACAGUGGUUCCAGCAUGUGUUCAGCUCUGACUUACAUUCACAUAGACAAUGUACAGUAGCUAGCCUGUUCCACUAUCCAGCACUCUCUCAUAGAUGUCUGGUUAGCAACACUGCACGUGGUUCUAUUAAGCAGUAGUUAACAGAUUGUUCUUUUUUUUAAAUCAGUCUUUAGACCGGUCAAUUUGAUUUAAUUGAUUUAAUUACAAAGCAAAGUUCGGAAAAAGCAAUAAUGUUUAUCUUUGAGUACCACUGAUUUAUCAUUGUUUUGUACUUACAUUACCAUGAUAAAUUUUAUCGGAUGAGUUGAUAUAUGGAAGUAUAUAAAACAGGUUUCUGUCCUCAUACUGUCAAGUUUGAGGUCAGAACAAAGGUUAACAUAUUUAGCUUGCUUUCUCUACAUUAUUCCAUGUGUAUUAUAUCCACAAAUAUUACCCUAAAUGUGCCAAUUUGAUAUGUUUGAUAUAUAACAUCAUGUUUUAUCUGCAUCAUUCUUCAUCCUGCUUUAAGAAACAAGAUAGAAAGCAGUUCUGCUUCAAGCUAUCUAGAGCCAGUGUCAUACGGCCAUACCUAAUGAUGCGCUACGUACACACACAAACACACACUAACAUAUAUACAGACAUUAUUGAGACACAAUGAGGACACUUUUGUGGGUUAUUAGUCUUCUCCGUAUUCCCCUGCACCAUGUCUUCCUGUGCUGAACAUUUGACUGUAGCUGUAGCACUAAUGAGAGCGAGAGAUCAAUGCACUUCGCCUACACCUUCCACUUUUUAAGAUGAUGAGAGAUUCUGUUUCAGGCCCUCAGUGACUCACUUCUUCAACUCUUUUUCUCUCACUAGUCAACACGUCUCUUCUUACCAUUGCCUUUCCAUUCUCUCUGCAUCUUUUGCUGAAAUCUCCCCUCCUCUCCCCAUCUACAUCUGUCUUGCUCUCUGUUAACGUUCUCUGGCCCUUUUGUUCCGAUGUCUCUCUUAUAGCUUUCCAUCGUCUCUCUUUCUCCCGUCUCAGAUCUGUCCUUCCACCCCAAGGCCUGUUGAAUGACUUUUCAGCCUAUACAGGAAAUGUUUUAUUUUUGUUUGUGUCACUGGAUUAGUUGGGGUGGGAAAGUAUUUCUAUUUCUACAUCUUUAUAUCUUUUUAUUUAGUUACAUCAUCAGAAAUGUGACAGUUGAGAUGCUCAAGCAAAAUUGCACUCACUGCUGCGUAUCUGAUUCUUUCCAUUAUAACAUGACAUUACCCAUCUAUAUUACAUCAAAUUCAUUUGCCAUAAUUUACCAACUUAAGAGUAUCUAGAGUCUGAUGAACAGUUGGCCAAACCCUGGCUGUUGCUGACUGGUGAGGUGGGAUGAAGUAUGAUGCAGAUGAAAGCUAAUACAAAGCAGCUCAAAUUUGUUGCAUAAGAUUUGUUAUGUUACAUUAAAGUGUGUGCCCAACUGUGGCUACAAGUAUAGGUUAUGGGAUAAAGGUCAAUGCUAAAACAGCGUAACUGUAGCACUGGUAGAAAAGAGCCAAUGUCAGUGGACUAGUAAGGACAAGUAAUGUCAGUUACACAGCCAUAUCCAUUCAAAGUUCAAUAACAUUAGCUACCGUUAGCCACUAUAAGCGGUAAUACCAGACCAAGUCAGUGGAGGCAAACCACCUUUAUUGAUGAACUGAAUUCAUCAAGGGUGCGUUUUAUUGUUUAUUAAUUCAGUUUUUAAUUUGUAAUAGGAGGAAUAUCUCUUCUUUCAAAAGUGAGCGCUACAGCUGUUAUUUUUCAGCCUGCUGAGCAAAAGUCUGAGGAUGAGCUAUGCGGUUAUAAAGAAAGUGUUUGUGUGGGAGGUUGAGGUAGAUAUGGAGCAGGUGUCCAAUGAGAAGGAAUUCAGUCUGCAAUUGAAGGAAGGAAAGAGUUGGAGGAGGUAGUUGGUGGAUUGAGUCAGGUGUCAGGUAAUAGAUGAUGGAUGAUGCACAACUUUAAGUGGCUUUUUACUGUAGCAUCCAGUAAUCCUUCUUAUUAAAAAGUCAAUUUCAAAAUAACAGUGGGGGAAGAAAUUGUUGAGUGUAAAAUCAUUUUAUGUAUCAGAGCAAAUAGCGAGACCAAACUGCAUAUGUGGAUUGAGAAUGUAUAGAUAGUGAUUCUUAUGAUGGGGAGAAAGUGAGGAUGUGAAAGAGAAUGGCUGAAAUUAUGAUGAGCCUUUUUCAGUUUGCAUAAAUUGUGGAUUGUAAAGACAAGUUGAGAUCAUAUACCAAAUAUUAUAUAGAUACAUAUUUAAGAAUAUAUAUGUUCUCCUUCAUUCCUGUACCAUUAUAAAGUUGAUCAUUUUGUUACUUUGUUUUAUUUUUUUUGCACUGGACCUAUGUUUGAUCUUCGCAUCAUAUACUGUACCCCUCCUGCUUUGAGAUGAACACACGCUAACUUGUGUUUCCAUGUAAAGAGGCAAAAGACAGCGAGACAACAAUAAAUAACAACAAUAAAUAUGUUGAAUAGA